AUGGGUGUUGUAUCUGGUGUUUAUAAUACAUCAAGUGAGUCUUUAGGACUAAAUAACCUCGGGAUAAGAAGAGAGAUUAUAUUUCAGUCUCCGGAAACAAAUGAUAUAGAACUGUUGCUCACGAAAUUUCAGGUACCCAUAUUUAGCAUAGAUGAUAGACAUUACUUUUUAAUAAGGGAUAUUGCUCUCUUUUGGGGCUAUCCAUCUUCUUAUCAACUUAUUAAAAAGUUCUUGAAAGCUGGAGUGGAGAAAAAAGAUAUUCUUUGCACUAAUGUUGAGUUGAAUAAUGAAUUGUAUUCUAAGACUAUAAUUAAGCAACAAGAUAUGAAGACUAAAUUAUUUUACAUGGAUCUUUCUAAAUUAUAUUCAUUUGUUAAAAAUAAGGAGAUCUUCUUUGAGCUAUCCAAGCCUGAGAGUGAAAACGUGGGCAUUCCAGAAGCUGGAGUUUCUUCGGAUGAAAAGGUCACUGUUGGUCAAGUGUUUCCUCAAUAUGGAUUAAUCGGUUCAACUUUAGAGCUCAAUCCUUCACAAUUCAACUGUCUCAACAGUGUCAGCAAGUUAAAUUUUUAUAAAAAUUUACCAAAUGCUUACAGAUACCUUCCAAAUUCUAAAUUAAGUUUCGCUGAGCGGGAAAUUAUUUACAGAGAACUCGAGAGUUCUAGCACCGCUAUCAGUGAGGAAACAGAAGAACACGAUAAGAUUCAUUUGAGAAGGUCAAGAAAGCCUUUAGGAAGAUCGAGAAAAAAUAACACCUCAAUUGAUGUGAAUGCACUCGAUUUACAAGACUCAUUAAUUCCAGGUCAAGGCUACAUACAAGAAUUUAACGUUAAUCAUAUAUGCAAGGUUCCUAAUUACUAUGCUCAAGUGGGAUCAUCAUCCUCCUCAGGUCAAAAGAAAGGGAAUUCUGUUUCUUCACUUCUUUUCAAUGACAAUGCAAAAAUUUCCAAGCAUGUACAGCAGCUAGUGUCCAGCAGUGAUAGCGAUAACUACAGUCACGUAAAAUACUUUUAUAUUAGGAGUUACAGGGGCCCAGGUACUGGAAAUUUUAAGGAUGCAAAUAUUAUCAACCGAAUUAACAAGCUUCCCACUACAACAGGUAUAAUAAAGAAGCCCUCCAAAACAUCAAAAGAUGUCGCUCUGGCGGUUAAAAAAAGGCACAAUCAUAGCCUUAAAGGAUUACUUCAUGAUCAAUUUAACAAAUCAUUUGCUGAGAAAAUCAUUAAGCAGCAUUCUGAUGAAAACGACGAUGGUGCUAAUUUGGAGAUGUUGCAUAAUAACUUGCAAUUCAAUAUCUUGGCAAAUACAUAUAGACAAAUGUCUUUGGAGACAUGGCAGCAAUACUAUAAAUUUAAACUCGUUGAUCGAGAGCAAUUGUCUAUGAAGAGAAGAAAUCCACAAACUGAGCUUUUAAACAGAUUCACUUUGCCAACGGCGCAUGAUCAAAUAAUCCGAGCCUUGCCCGUUGAACUCAGAGAAGAAGAAGGUUCUUCUAAUGUUAAAGAGCCAGUUUACUACUCUUCAUCAUAUCCUGAUCAAAAUAAUCCAGAAUUUCUAACCAAAAUUGAAAUUAUGAAAUUUCCAAAUUCAAACGAGAUUGGAUGGGAUAACUUAAAAAAAUACAGGGAGUAG